UUUUCAGUGCAGAAAAAUUCAAAGCUCUAUUAUAUGUAUAGGAUGUUUUCAAAUGUUGAGCCUGUGAAUGUUUUUUUUGCGAAAGUGUUUUAAAUAAAUAAAUUUAGUGCAUUAUGGCUCACCUGAUUAAACAGGGACAAGACAAACACCUCAAAUUCGUUUUAGGUCAACCCGAGGAAGUGCUCAUCGAGUUUUGUAAAUUGGCCAUCGAAUACAUUAGCAAUGGCAUAAACGAGAAAAAAUGUUCCGUGGCUGCAAAAAAAUUGGAUACGACAUUCGACACUAUCAAGUCCUGCGUUGAAGCGCUUGUAUGUCUUCUAAUCGAUUGCACCAAGCUGCACAUCACCGAAGAACAGUUCCAAACGCUCAGUACCCUCCAGUUCACCGAUGGCCAGAUCGCUAUCCUGUGGCAGUUCAUCAGCAGCAAGAGGAACCUGGUGGAGAACAUCUUAAAACAUUCCCCGGACAGUGAGUUGCACUUUCGGGAUCUGGAAUGGCGACUAGAAGCGAAGGUGGCCUCCAGAUCGUUAAACAAGCAAGCCACACCCAUCAUUGCUAUGAAGCUGCAUCUGGACAGCGAGGUGGUCAACGAACAUAAGGAGUGUCUCCAGUCAUCCGAGUUGGUCGAACCGGACGAACGUAGCGCCACUCGGAAAGAAGUCCUGCUGCAAACCGACCCAACUAGUUUGGUCCAUUUGAUACAAGUCUUAGAGCAAGCUCUGAUUGAUUCCAAAACUCACCGUGUCAGAAAUUUCGUAAAAUCUUUUCAGAAAUAAAUUCAAGACAGAAAA